AUAAGGGGAAUAACUCUAAUUGAAAACUAACAAUGACAAGGAGACUUGGAAAGAUAAAUUUGAAGAAUACGGCGUUAUUCUUGUGUGACAUGCAAGAAAAAUUUAGGGGAAACAUUGUGUAUUACCCACAAAUAAUAUCUGUAGCUAAUAGGAUGCUGCAAGGCGCUAAAGUUCUUGAAAUGCCGAUUGUCGUCACUGAACAAUAUCCUAAAGGUCUCGGUCCAACAGUUUCUGAAAUAGAUGUUAGUCAGGAGAAAGUAUUCCCAAAGACUUCUUUUUCUAUGUUAAUUCCCGGUGUUGUGGACCACCUGAAAACUUUGCCAGAUGUCAAGUCAAUAGUAUUAUGUGGAAUAGAAAAUCAUGUAUGCAUACAGAAUACAGUAUUGGAUUUGUUAGAGGAAAACUUUGAUGUACAUAUUAUUGCUGAUGCUUGCUCAUCAAGAUCUAUGACAGAUAGGAUGUUUGCCUUCCAGAGAAUGAGAGAAGCAGGAGCUUACAUUACAACCAGUGAGUGUAUGCUUCUUGGACUGUGUGGGGAUGCUGCACAUCCUAAAUUUAGACCAGUACAAAAACUAAUAACAGAAUCAGCACCGGACACAGGCUUACUGAACACAACAAUAAAGGGAGAAACGGCUCUCUAG